AUGCCUCACCUCAACGACCCUGCUGCCCCCGCUGCGGUUGCAGAAACGGCUGAUGAUGCCCGCAUCACACCAUUAUUAACCACGACGACCACAGAACUCGUCGACGAGGAGACAGCUAUUACAACACCAGCAGAGCCUCUCCCUUACUGGCUCGUCAAUGUCCCGCGAUCACAAUGGCCGCCUGAAUGUCCGGAGUAUCUCCGUGAUCUACCUCAGAAGUCUAUAAAGUGCCUCUCGACGCCCGACGCGCAGUAUGAACGGCAGAGCUGGGAGCUGGUGAAGGAAAUAGUUGGAUCGAAUCAAAUACACCUUCUCCAGCGCGUGCCGUCCGAGCUGAGGAGGUAUCUGGAGUACACCGCAAAGAUUAAAGAUAAAUACGGUUCUGUUUUGAAUUUCGUGGUUCAGAAGAGGCUGGGUUGGGUGGAUGAUUUGAAACCCCGCGGGACAAGACCAUUCGACCAUCCAGACGACAUCAAAAUUCUCUACAACGACUGGCCAUAUGGGGUGGAAAAGGACAUCGUCCACCUUGUCAUCUGGACCAAGUUUGAACUCGAAGAUGAUCCUGCCACAGAUGACUUAACCCCGCGCAUGCGAAGGGAGAUCGAUGAGUUUGUUGAGAAAACGUUUCGGUCUAGAAUGCCCGCCGAGAAGGUUAUAUGGUUUAAAAACUGGAAGUCUCUCAAGUCCGUCCACGCCAUCGAGCACUUCCAUGUCAUGCUCUACCAGGCCGAUCCGGCAUUUCUCCACGAGAUCACCAACGGCGACGUACCCGUUACCGAUGUAUGA